AGUUAACAGAGUUGGAUGGAGAGUGACCAAAUUUGAACCAUUUACCUCAUUUAAGUGACCAAGAUUAGAUUUAAAUAUUUUCAGUCAUCAAAUAUGAACGUUUUUUAUAAUUUCAAUGACCAACAAAUUAACCCAUAAUUUGUUGUUUUGUUUUUCAUUCAUUACCAGGCCCGGUCCAAGUAUUCGUAUUUGGGCCAAUGCCAAUUUUGGAGAAGAACAAACGUGAAUGAAAUCCAACUCCUCUUCCAGAACCAGAAGGAAGGCAUUCUCUCUCCUCUCUGCAACUGCAAAAUUUCCAACCGUACCGAUUCGCUUCUUCAGAAAGGCCAGUCAGGCGCAUUGCGAGCAACAAGAAGAAGCUCUCCAUUCCUUCCUUCCGAUGGCGUCUUUGUUGAAAACCCUAGCGAAACAAUCGUCCGGUUUGGUGGGUUCCUCUACUCCCACCGCGACAAGAAAUUUCAGCCUCGUUAGCAGCCAAAUCAGCCAACACACGGCCAAAUGGAUGCAGGAUACAACCAAGAAAUCUCCGAUGGAGUUGAUCAACGAGAUUCCACCCAUCAAGGUUGAGGGAAGGAUUGCUGCGUGCGAAGGAGAUACAAACCCUGCACUUGGGCAUCCAAUUGAGUUCAUCUGCUUGGACCUGAAGGAGCCUGCAGUUUGCAAAUAUUGUGGUCUGAGGUUCGUCCAGGAUCAUCAUCACUAGGAGCUUGGUACGACUUGUCUUCUUUGUGUGAGGCAGGACAAAGGCGUUACACUACAUUAUAUGUUAUCGGGGCAAUCGUGUCAUCUUUGGCAUGCUUAAUGAAUUCUGUAUGCAUCCCAAAUCAUUAGCAGCUUGGUGUUGAUUACCAGGGGAAUAAGCUCUUGAUGUGUGCCUUCUGUCUUGGUGAAUUCUUAGUAGAAAUUGGGAUAUCCAUCCACCCCUUUGCAUUUUUCAUGGAUUCUAUGGAUUUAUAUGCUUCUUACCUUGUCCAUUUCUAUUUGACGCCAUAAAGGGAGAUGAUCUGCAUCUUGUACCCUUCCGGGGAAUAAGAUUGCUAUCAUUCA